AUGGACUCGAAGCCUCCAGACCUCGACUUCUGCAAUCGAGCCAGGGGGAGCGGCUUGCCCUCGCCGCCUGCUACCAACUCGACAGCGAGCACUGGGAAAGAGAGUUUACCUAAGCGGGUCCGCAAGACGAGCAUUGCAUUUGCUACUGUCAAGAGCAUGUUGACGGGCGAGCGCGUGCGGAAGCCUCGACAUGACGACGAUGACGAGUUGAUUGAGGACGAGGAUCAUACCGCCAGACUUUCAGGUCCCACCGCAUCCAAUUCAUCCGACGGCAAUAGCAGCGUUGCUCUCGAUCGCUCGACUAGCAUUGGCGCUCGUUCGACCACGAGUUCUGGGGGCAUGGAACGGGCAAAGAGUCUUGCGGACAGGAAUCGCAUGGUUCUCGAUAAGCUAUCAUCCAUAUCCUCGGCAGCAUCAUCUCGUCUCAGCUCUCCUGCUCCUAACGACAGAGUACCUUUAACCGCCAGCACUCUUAGAUCCCGCGCUGUGUCCCCAAUGCCUCCCAACAACACGCUUUUCCCCCCAAAGUCAAAUGUGUCGACCGCAAGUUCAUCUCCUCGCGGCUCAUACGCCUCACUCACUUCCCCCAGAGUUCGCUCCUCUCGAGAUCUAGAACCGGAGACCCCAGCCUUUUCGUCCAGGGUCCAUUCCUCGGACAGGCAAAUGCGCGAUUCUGAAGAAUCCACGACUCCCAAAGAGCGAGAAAGGCUUUACGCAUCCCAGCGUGCACCGCCAUCUUCCUAUACCACCAGCAACAGUGGUUCUACCAGCGGGUCACGCCGGGAAGGCAGUGUUCGCGUUUCAUUUUCCCGCAACCACUCGGAUAUGGACGUCGAUGAGUUCGGUAUGAGCCGAUCGUCUCAGGCUCAAUCUUUGUCUCAGUCUCAAUCAUCCCGCCAACAUGCGUAUUCCUCCGAGUCGGAUGAUCGUAGUAUUACGCCUCCAGCCGAUGCCUCAAGGAGGCUGAUGGCUGAGCAAAUGCCGGGAGGGCGUGGACGGCGAAUAUCGAUUACCGAACCAGAUGAAUCCCCGAACAAGCCUCGAGAACCAUUGCGCACUCGUGCGGCUGCUGGAACCUUGGGACGUCAACGGAAUAGUGCUGAAGUCAUUGAGCGCACGGUCGCUGCUGCCAGGAAAAGCCCUGUACGCACACGCGCGGCAUUACCUUCUGAGUUCCGCAGCAGCACGGAGAGCAAACGAGCCAGUUGGGAUGGUAAACGGUUUAGUUUGGACGGCAAGCGUACGUUAUCCCGAAUAACAAACUCUCCUGAAAUGCAGCGCCGAGACAGUGGCAACCGUACUUCCCCAGUUGUUGGAUCCCGAGCAGCUACUGUUCGUGAAUCAUCGCGCCGGACUCAUUCUCGCUGGGCGAGCGAAGAGGUGCAUGGUGAUGGCAAUGACAGUGGCAGCUUGCGCCCUCGUUAUGAACGACGCGGUGGAAGUAUCGAAAGCCCCAUUAUUCCAGGUGGGCGAAGUGUUGUGGGAGAAAGCUUGAAGGCUGCUGGAAUUAUCACACGCCGCGAGACGAGCGAAUCUAUCAACCGCAUGACUAGCAGCCGGGAUAGGCGAGACAGCCGAGGUUCGGUUGACUGGGAGGUCGAACAAUUACGGAACGGGAUUGCACGUGUGGGCGUUGGGGACAGAAUCCGCGAAGAACCCGACGACGACGACUCGGGAGAAGAGAGCACGACUCCUGGGAAACGUGUCAAUGGCCGCCCAUCCCAAACUAUCAUCACGUCUCGACCUAGUACGUCCAGCGCCAACUAUAUCGAAGAUGGACCGCGCACGGCACCACCGGCUUUGCGUCAAUAUCGGUCCAAUACAGGUUUAAUAACGCCUCAGGCUCGGGGACUCCAUGUUGGUUCCGCCGUGUCCACCGAACAUAUACGCUUGAUGCUCGAGUCGUUUGCCAUGUUCGAAUCCACCCUUGCUCGUCUAGAGGCGGUUAACCCUGGCGGAGGGGUGACCGAGUUGCUUCAAAACGCAGACGUGGUAGUCCAGGCCGCCCAGUCGCUCAACAAUAUGCUUCGUGAAUCCGCCGCCCGAGCCUUGACCGAGCAAAUCGAUUCCGAGGUGGAAGACCGAGAAACUCGGGAAGUCGAGAUUUGGAGAAUCGCAGGCGCCGAAUUUAGGGAUGCAAUCAAGGUGUGCGACGAGCUCGUGCGUUCGAUGACGAACUUGCUAUUGGGCGUUGGGCGGGUCGUAAAGGAUCAUGGCGAGGAGGCGGGUCGGAGUGGGAGGAUUAGUACGUCGGGUCGGAUAAGCACUGAAGGUGUCCGGAGUGGGCGCCUGAGUACCGAAGGUGUGAGGAGUGGACGAAUGAGCGCGGAUGGGGCCUUGAGGAGCGGGAGAAUGAGCGCCGAAGGGCUGAGGGGUAGCAGGUUCGCCGAUUCUGGUCGGAUCGAGGAUGACAGGAGGAAUAUCGAAACCAGACGGAGUUUUGAUGGUGAAACCAUGUGGAAGUCGCCCAGCCGCGAGCAAUCAAGGAUUCACGAUCCAUUGAGGCCGCAAACUUCCAUGAGCCUCAUUCGCGAGCAACGACGCGAUAGUCCUCUCGACGGUAACCCGCUUCGCCAGUCUACGUCGCGCCGGUUUUUCCCUAGCCAAGCGUCUUCGCCUGCUACAGGUCCAGGGGAUGGUGACACAACCUUUGGAACCGACAGUUACGAGUCUCCAUCUCCUGCUGUACGCCACAUGACCCAUAACGGCGAACACCAUCGCGAACGAAUUCUCUCGGUCCCACCUACUCUCUCAGCCGUUCCAUCCGAGUCGCUCGUUCCCCAAGUACCCAAAACCCCAGGCAUGACUCGUCGGCCUCGUAUCUCUGUGGGCACCGUACGUGCGUCGGCGCCCUUCCCGACUCCUACUGCCCCUGCGUCCGCUCAAUUGAGUACUGCGACUGCGACGGGAAACGGUUCCCCCGAGAAGCGGUCAGUCUCGUACACUGUUUCUCGUUCGGGCACGGUGGCGACCAUGGUGGGCCUCGGUAACCAGCACCACGCCCGCAAACGCACAAUCUCGGCCGCUGACCCAUUGGAGCCUGAGACUCUGUCCCCGACCGACGAUAUUGACGAUGGGAGUCCGACCCAAAGGGUUAACACGAGGAACCCGCGUGCCUCGGUUGAUUUUGCGCUAGACGAUGGGACUGUUAGUGGUUUGGAAAAGGAACGUAAAGCCAGGAGACGUGUUACUGAACUGUUUUCAUGA